UUGAGGCCGAAGCGACAUUGAUAAGGUUUUUAGGAGUUUGUAGGUGGUGACAUCAUGCCUGCUGGAGGAUUCGCGGCCCCGUCGGCCGGUGGCGACUUUGAAGCCAAGAUCACUCCUAUCGUUAUCAUUUCUUGCAUCAUGGCCGCCACCGGCGGCCUCAUGUUCGGCUACGACGUUGGCGUUUCUGGGGGUGUGACGUCGAUGGACCCAUUCUUGAAGAAAUUUUUUCCGGUAGUAUAUAGGAAGCAGCAUGAGGAGCUGGAGAGCAAUUACUGCAAGUACGACAACCAAGGGCUACAGCUGUUCACGUCGUCUCUAUAUCUUGCGGGCUUGACCUCCACUUUCUUCGCAUCAUACACAACCAGAAGUUUUGGUCGUAAGGCAACCAUGCUUAUUGCUGGGAUUUUCUUCAUUGUGGGAGUGGUGCUUAAUACCGCUGCCCAAGAUCUAGCUAUGCUCAUCAUUGGGAGGAUCCUUUUGGGCUGUGGCGUCGGUUUCGCUAAUCAGGCUGUUCCACUGUUCUUAUCGGAGAUAGCACCUACAAGAAUACGUGGAGGACUAAACAUACUGUUCCAACUUAACGUCACUAUUGGCAUACUUUUUGCUAACCUCGUCAAUUACGGCACUGCCAAAAUCAAAGGGGGAUGGGGAUGGAGGGUAUCAUUGGGGUUGGCUGGGAUUCCUGCGGUCCUCCUAACUGUGGGGUCUCUCUUGGUGGUGGACACCCCUAACAGCCUUAUCGAGCGUGGUCGCUUGGAAGAAGGAAAGGCAGUUCUCAGAAAGAUAAGGGGCACUGACAAGAUUGAACCAGAAUAUCAGGAGCUUCUUGAGGCAAGUCGUGUGGCUAAAUUAGUGAAGCACCCCUUUAGGAAUCUAAUGCAGCGCAGAAACCGACCCCAGCUGAUCAUUGCUGUGGCCUUGCAGAUCUUCCAGCAAUUCACAGGCAUCAAUGCAAUCAUGUUUUAUGCUCCAGUCCUGUUCGACACUUUGGGAUUUGGUAGUGAUGCGUCCCUCUACUCAGCUGUCAUAACGGGGGCUGUUAAUGUUCUCUCAACCCUCGUGUCCGUCUACUCUGUCGACAAAGUAGGCCGUCGAUUGCUCUUGCUGGAAGCUGGCGUCCAGAUGUUCUUCUCUCAAGUGGUAAUUGCAAUCAUACUAGGCAUCAAAGUCAAAGAUCACUCCAACAAUCUCCACACUGGCUAUGCAGUCCUAGUAGUGGUCUUGGUGUGCACUUUUGUGGCCGGCUUUGCAUGGUCUUGGGGGCCACUCGGUUGGCUCAUUCCAAGUGAGACCUUCCCACUGGAGACCCGAUCAGCAGGGCAGAGUGUGACUGUUUGUGUGAACCUGCUCUUCACUUUUGUCAUAGCACAGUCCUUCCUUUCCAUGCUUUGCCAUUUAAAGUAUGGCAUCUUCCUUUUCUUCUCCGGCUGGGUCUUCAUCAUGUCCUUCUUUGUGCUCUUUUUGCUCCCGGAGACCAAAAACAUUCCAAUUGAGGAAAUGACAGAGAGGGUGUGGAAGAAGCAUUGGUUGUGGAAGAGAUUCAUGGAUGACCAUGUGGAGGGCUUCCCUGUUUUUGGUUAUAAUGAUGAAGAAACUGUUGUUAAUGGAAGUGACAAAAAGAGAGAUGGGUACGGCAAUGGAUUCGAUCCUUCUUCCCAAUUAUAAGAUUAGUGGUGUAUGGGGAGGGAAAGAAAAGACAUCACUAGAUAAAUGAAUAGCUAAAAAUAGUUUGAUAUGCCCCUUGUUGCUUACCAUUUGUUUUCACUAGUUCUAUGGUAUUUGAUAUUUUACCCCUAUAUGAUGAAUCCCACUGUAUAUGUGUUCUUGUGCCCACAUCGGUCCAUGUAUGACUCAGAAUUAUGAAAAAAAACAAAAAGAUUAUUGGAAUUCA